CCUCCUCCUCCAUCCAAGCUCCCGAAGCUUGCAGCGCGCACGAAUGGACAUCCUCGGCAGGAUCGCGCGCGCCAUCUCCGACGCCCUGCGCGACCCCGAGAAGCUGCCGAGGGCGCUGAUCCUUUGCGGCAUCGUCGAAGCCGUGGCGGCGCUGUCCCUCGUCUUCUUCAGGGUGCCCGGCGGCGGGCUAUUCCUCCGGCACCACGGCGAGAAGGCGCUCGUGUAUGUGUACUACGGGGUCCUCGGCGCCGUGGUGGCGUUCGGGCUCGGCGAGGCGUCGACGGGGUUCUGGGUGUCGGGGGACCCCGUCGGGCGGCGCGCCGUCGGGAUGACCGUGCUCUGGGUGUCCAUCCUGCCUCUGGUCAUCGUUGCCGGCCUUGGAGGCGUCCUCUCUUCUGCCACCCCGAAGUAG